AUGUCGUCCGCCGCCGCCGGUCUAACCCCUCUGCCUCCCUAUGUCCACCACUCCACGACCCGUCUCACGCACCGCCAAGCACAUACCAUGCUCGCCAGCUUCCUCGACCGCGCGGAAAACGACGCCGCAUACAGACCCGACUCGACACUCACAGAGCGGGGCCCCCAGGCGCUGUCAAGUUCGAGCACGCCGAAUUUGACGCUAAGUCACCUGAAGAGAAUCCUCAAGGGGAUCGAGGGGGAGCGAGUAGGCGGUGGGUUGUUGAAGGCGCUGGACGAGGACGGCCAUGCCACGGCAGAUGACAAUGGAGAAAGGGACAGGGACGUCUUCCCCGACACGAAAGAAGGCACAAGGGGCGUGAAGCGAAGUCUGGCCUUCGACCAGAAUGAUACGCUUCCGCAGGACGCGUCUGGGACGCCUAUAUCUAAGAAACCGAAACAAGAACAGAAGCAAAGGCAGGAUGUGAUUGCCUUGCCGGACGCCGAACGCACAGACGACCCCACCGAUGGCGCGAUCCUCGAAACUAUGCUCGCCGCCGAAGACGAGAGCGAGUGGCAGGACCCGACGCUCUACGCGUUAGGGCGACACGAAGUGAACCACAAUGACGCGGCGAGAGGACAAGGUCAAGUCGAAGAUGAUACCCGCGACGGCCUUUACGCCGGAGGCGGACAGAACGACGUGGGAAGAGAGGAUGAGUUGGAUCUCGAGGAGUUUGAUGCGCGAAAUGAGAUCGACGAGGCGCGACAUCCUGGCGCGGGUUUGAAGCAGCCGAGUGGGCCCGAAGAGGAGAGUCAACUGGUCAGCAUCCAGAUCGAGGGGACGGGCGAGGUCGUGGACCCGAGGGAGAAACGUGGGAAGAAAGCGAAGAAGGCUAAGGCGGCAAAGAACGCUGAUCUCAUCCACGCCGAGACCGAGCAUGCUGGUCAAUCGAGAAAUGAGGAGCGAGAUGAUAAGAAGAGGAAGAAGAAGAAGGCGAAUGACACCGGAAAAUCACAAGGACAGGGCGCCAAACGCGGCGGCCACAACGAGGACGAGGAUGUCGACGUUGACAUGGCGGACAGUACGCCCCGGGAGAGAAGCCAAGUUAGCAAGCACGCUGAAGAUAAAGAGGCGACAUCCCAAGCACUAAGCAAGGACGAGAAGAAGAAGCUGAAGAAGUUGAGACACAAGGACGCAAAGAGGGACAGGGAGGAGGAAAGGCUGAAAAAGAAGACAAAGUGA